CAAAAAUUGGAACCAAGGUGGAGGUUGCAAAUGGUUGUAUAAUCGGUGCUGGCUGUGAACUAAACAUGGCUGAGCUGCUUCCUGACAAUACCGUCAUCUACGGAGAAAAUUGUGAACGGAGAAUUCAGCGAGAGAAACCUUCUGUUCAGGCUCUGCAGAUAGAUUUCCUGACAAAAAUUAUGCCCAAUUACCAUUACUUGAUCAAGCCAAACAUUCAACCUCGACCACAAGCAAGUAUCAAGAAAUAG